ACUCUCUCGCUCUCUUUGCCUGGCACUCUGGUAGCACACUCUCUGAGCGGCAGUGGGUCUGUCUCUCCCCGUCCUGCCUUGUCUCCUCCUUAGUGCAUUGCUCCUAUAUCGCUCACUUUGCCCUGCAGCUUCUUCAUUGAAGUGCCCUCCCUCCCUACCUCUCCCGAAUUCUUGACAUGAUCUCUCUCUCUUCGUUCUCUCUUACUUGCUGUCCUUUUCUUCAUUAACUUACUUUAAAUUCCUUCCACCAUGUCUGCCCACCACAUCCCUCUCUUUAGACCCCUCUCCACCAUCCUUCCCCAGCUCCCCGUUUUCUAACAAGUCUUCUUGCUCUACUGCUUUACCUGAGAACCCGUCUCCCCGUCUGUCUACCUUUUCCUCCCUCUCGUCUGGAUGUCGGGGCACCUGUACUAGUCCUCGCUUGAGUUGUGGCCCACCAAGAUGUCGGCUUUGCAGAAGUUGGAGAGCUUUGCCUCGCGGGUCUUCAGCCGUGGACCCCGCAGUCCAGCUUCGGGGAGGGAUCCGGCGCCCCCCAGCGGUCCUCAGCCUCCCAGCCUGCCUAGCAACGUACUGAGCUGGGAUCGGGAGAUGAAAGAAUUCCUGGCCAAAGCGAAAGAAGACUUCCUGAAGAAAUGGGAAAACCCAGCGCAGAACACUGCUCACCUGGACCAGUUUGAGCGCAUUAAGACUCUGGGCACUGGCUCGUUUGGUCGCGUGAUGCUCGUCAGACACAAGGAGAACGGCCAUCACUAUGCCAUGAAGAUACUGGAUAAGCAGAAGGUGGUGAAGUUGAAGCAGAUUGAGCACACGCUGAACGAGAAGCGCAUCCUACAGGCUGUUAACUUCCCUUUUCUUGUCCGCUUGGAGUAUUCAUUUAAGGACAACACUAAUCUGUACAUGGUGAUGGAGUAUGUAGCAGGGGGUGAGAUGUUCUCUCACCUGCGUAGGAUCGGCCGCUUCAGUGAACCUCACGCCCGCUUCUACGCGUCCCAGAUUGUAUUAACCUUUGAAUACCUGCACUCCCUUGAUCUUAUAUACAGAGACCUGAAACCAGAGAAUCUGCUUAUAGACCAGCAAGGCUACAUACAGGUGACAGAUUUUGGCUUUGCCAAAAGAGUAAAGGGAAGAACUUGGACUCUGUGUGGGACCCCAGAGUACCUGGCCCCUGAAAUAAUCCUUAGCAAGGGGUACAAUAAAGCCGUGGACUGGUGGGCUCUUGGGGUCCUGAUUUAUGAAAUGGCCGCCGGUUAUCCUCCAUUCUUUGCUGACCAGCCCAUUCAGAUCUAUGAAAAGAUUGUAUCUGGGAAGGUCCGUUUCCCCUCACACUUCAGUUCUGAUCUGAAGGAUCUUCUAAGAAACCUCUUGCAGGUUGACCUUACUAAGAGAUUUGGAAACCUUAAGAACGGCGUGACAGACAUCAAGGGUCAUAAAUGGUUCAGCACCACAGAUUGGAUCGCAGUCUAUCAGAAGAAGGUGGAGGCUCCCUUCAUACCGAAGUGCAAAGGCCCAGGUGACACCAGUAAUUUCGAUGAUUACGAAGAGGAGGAAAUCAGAGUCUCCAUUACAGAUAAGUGCGCCAAAGAAUUCUCUGAGUUCUGAAGAGCGCGUUGAGAGGAGGAACCAUUACCCAAGACCUCCUGAGAUCAAGCGUGACCGAUGGAGAGAACGCCGUUGACUGGCACACAAACUUCUCCUUCCCUUUCACACUUUCCAACUCUCUAGCUUUUAUUAGUGGUGCAGAAUCGACUUGGCGGCCAUCUUAUUUUAUCCUGGAUCUGGUGGUGCUGGUUUCGAUUGGUCCUGGAGAUUCUCCCCAGUCUCUGUCAUCCCCACUUCCCUCACACUUUUGCUUCUCUCCUUGACAGAUCAGAGGGGCCAAGAAAGUUAUUUAAAUGUGACUGGUUCCUCUAGGGUGGAGUCAGAACCUUAGGGGCAUGGCCUGUAUCCUUCAGGAUGUGGCCUAUGUUAUUUUUUUUUUGUUUGUUUUUUUGUUUUGUUUAUUAUUUUUUUUUAACUAUUUUCAUCCGAAGAGCUUGGCUACUGGUUUUUAAUCCUUUAGUUUACAUAGUGUAUAAAUAUUGAACUGUUUUAAUCUGAAUUCUCUUCCCUGCCAAUCACUGUCCUGUUACCCGGCUUUCCUUGUUCUAGAAUGACUUUUAAACUGAAGUGCCAGUUUUUACCCCUUCCCUUACCUCACACUACCGUUUAGUUCACAUACCCACGUUUUUGCCUCUGGUCAACCCUCUUUUCUCGCUAGUAUCAUUGGGGGACACACCCUCUUAUCCCAUCAUUAAAGCCAUAACCUUCUUCUGGUAGGUAGGUAGGUCCAAUCGUAUAUUUAUUGGCUGCCUCCUGUCUACUUUAAUCUAGUGUGGAAGGAGUGGUGGUGGUGGUUAUAGGUGAUGAACUUCUCACUCGCUUUGCUGGUCCGGAUAAAUUUAUUAUUAUUUUUUUUUUUUUAUGCAGCUGGCCGUUACUGUGUGUUUGUUUGGGGGACUUUGGUUCAUCUACAUUAUACAGAGAGAACUUGCUUCCUACUUGCCACGAUAGUGGACCGAAGGCAAUAAGGCCCUAUGUUUGUCGUUAGCACGAGCCGCCUGGUUGUCAUCUGUUUUGGUGACCUGCUUACAGUUGACACAGGUAUUGAGAGAUUUUAGGCUAUUACUCUUUGAAAUUCACACGCCAUCAACUUUUAUUAGGCUACUUUAGUCUGUGGACACGGAGCCUAGACAACAUGGCCUUCGAGGGCCCAGAUAAUACAAGGGUGCUUCAACUAUACACUAGGUCUAAGCAUUGUUGUCAGCUACUCUCUGCUAUGAGUGUUAGGCCAAGAGUUGAGUCUGAAUGUGCUCCGUCCUGUUACAUACCUUACAUGGUUCUUGAUUUUGUUAUUAAGGAGACCGCCUUGGUGACGGUCCCGCCAAUCCAUCACACACUAGCGGUACAGUCUUAGAUGUUACCCACAAUAAUGUAGUGGACAUAGUUACAUGUUUGCCAUGCGUAGGUCACCUUUUAGUGAGAAAAUCACAGUGUAUGUAUUUAUUUUUUAUCUUAUCUAUGGACUUUUUGUCCCGGAGCGUUCAUACAGGACGCUAUAUCCUUCAUGAACCUGACUGCUUGUUCCUCAGCUCUCUCCUUCCAAAUCAACGUCUGAAGGGGUUGUACAAGAAUAGAAAAACGUGUCUGCUUUCGUCCAGAAACAGCACCACCCUUGUUCAUGAGUUGUGUCCGGUAUUGCACUCGACAAAAGCUGAGCUGCAAUACCAGACACAUAGCCCAUGGAUGCAGGUGGUGUGGUUUAUGGUGGAAAGCAGCCAUGUUUUUCUAAUCUCUUACAACCUCUUUAAAUAAGCUCAGAGACUUAAGGAGAAAGGGUUCAGUUUUGGAUUUGGGGACCCUGCAGCUAGAAACCGACUUAAAGACUCCCGUCUACAAGAGUAUUCUAUAAUCAAAUGCCAAAUCUUGACAUGUUCAAUGGAUCAUCUCUGGUUCUCCUCAUGCCCAGUAGACUAGGGAUUUGGGUCAGUAGUUGGCACCAAAGUUUGAGGCACAACUAUUAUUAUUUUUUAUUCUCCAGCAUGAAGUUGGUUGAGACCUGAAUGUUCGGCCGCUCCUUUUUCAACCUGUUACAUUAUGGCAAAUGAAUGGGGGUUUGGCUUGGGAGCAGUCAUUGAUGUUGAGGGAAGUGGGAUAAUUUGGGGGCAGAUCUGUGAAUUUCUAUUGCGUUUUCACUUAAAUAAAUUCUAUAUAUAUAUAUAAAUAUAUAUAUACACACACACAUUCACUUCUUACAUGUGUUAUACUGUAAACAUUUGAGACAAAAUUACCAAUAAAGUUUUGUUUAAAAAAAAAAAA